CUUUCCAGGGCCAGGUGUGCACCUGCCGCCUCUCGCCCCAGCCGGGCUCCCCUGAGUCCGCGGCUGGAGUCCCUUUUCCCUCUCCCGCCCGCGAGUCCUCUCCUCCCGGGCUGCCUCUCCUCGGCCGCCGGCCCGUCCCCGCCCCUGGGCGGGCUGUGUCCCGGGCGGGCGGGUUCUGCGGACCCGGACGGGGCAGCUGGGACUGGGGCUGGCCUCCGAGCGGGGCUACUGCCCGCGUCCCCCCCCGGCUUUCCCUGCCCCGCGACCCCGGGGCUGCACUCGUCUCCCUUCCCCUCUCCCUGGGGGCCAGCUCAGUGUUGUGGGCGCUCCUCCCCGGGCUGAGAGCCUCCGGCUGUGAACCCCAGCUUCUCCGGGUGGAGUCGGGAAAAGGGAGCGUCAGUCCUGAGCGAGUUUCCGUCUCCUCCCUCAGUGUUUCUGCCCCAGUUUUGAGCAUUGACUUUGCAUCAGGGCCUGGCUAGGUGCUUGGAAACAGAAAACAAGAAAUGACCCUUUUCUGCAGAGGGCGGAAGCCUAGACCAAAAGCUGCCUAAUGUGAUCCGAGCUGCGGUAGCCAUGUGCAGACGCUGAGGACAAACUGUACCCACGGCUUUGCUUGGGCUUCCCCUGCCUUCUGACUGGUACACACCACGUCACCGCAACCCAGUGAGGCCCGCAGCCCGCAGCACAAUGAGCUGGCAAAUGUAGUGGCCUGGGCAAAGCUGAGGACACAGAUGCCAGCACCGUGCCACUCCCAGGCUGGCUCCAUUCCCUUCACCUGUCACCUCCUGCUGAGUCCCCAGGCGUCAGUCAAUGUCGGUACAUCGGUGCAACGAGGCACUGGUGACAUGUUUGCUCAGCAACUGCUUGGCUCUGAGUCUGCAGACCCAACAGAGAAUGCCAGCUUGUUUUUGCCUUUUGAAUUCUGUCCUUGGGAUUUGGCGGAGUAGCUGGUUGUGUGCUUAGCCCAUAGUGGUUGACACCGUCACCAUUGUUUACCCAGAACCUUGUGUACCAGGCAUGGCUCCCGGCAUCAAAAUACAGCAGCGCAUUAAACCUCCCUCCUGGUGGGUCUGUCUGUUUUGGUACCGUAAGGGCUCAGCCACCAUCUGAACGUCAGUGAAGUAACGCGGCCUGUGAUCUCGGGUCAAGUGCCCUCACCUCCAGUAGCAUCCAUCCAGACACCAGCACUGACACUGGCCGUGCUCAGAACUGCCUCAGCCCUGAAGACACAACUGACAAAUAGAAGGGGGCCACGCCCUGUUACAGCAGGUGCUCUCACUUUGUGGGUCCUUAUGUAACUGCACGAUGUUAAUCAGGAUCGCCCGUUCUACAUUGUGUAGCGCUGCGGCGGUGUCUCCUAGUUACUUGUUUCUUGUAAGAAUUCCGGUGACUGAGUUAGAAGCAUGCUUCCAAGCUGUCCGUGUCCUCGGCAUCCAGAAGCGGAGCCUGGAAGCUUCCGAAUUUCUCCAGAAUGCAGUCUACUUUCACCUUCGGCAGCGUUCCGAGGAGAGAAUUCAGCAGUGCAGCAUCCUCUCCGAGCUCUAUGAGUUGAUCGGCUGCCACCGCAAGUCCGCCUUCUUAAAGCGGGUGGCCCCCGUGCAGCGCGCGGCCCCCGGCAUCAUGGAGCCUGGCGGGAAGAGUUGCUACCGACUCCUUCUGCAGACGCUUCCUGGCUACAGUCUGUCACUGGAUCUACAGGACUUCAGGAAAGGUGUUGGAACUAAAACAUCGCUUUAGUCCAAUUAACCAUGCCUAGUUUGGGCCCUGCUGUCCUGUCUCAUCAGUGUGAAUUGUGAUUCGUUUAGAACAGGGCUCAGCAGACUUUUUUCUGUCAAGAGCUUGGGAGUAAAUAUUUCAGGGUCUGGAAACCUCCUGAUUUCUGGUGCAGCUGCUCAGCUCUGCUGUUCAGACGCCAGAGCAGCCGGACAGUCCACACACCCACAGAGCUUUAUUAACAGCGGUGGCUGGGGCUGGAUUGGGUGUAUGAACAGCAGUUUGUCCCCACAGCCUCCUCACUAUUGACACCUGCACCAGAGCGUGCAUUUGCGACAAUGGGUGAACCUGCACUGACACGUCAUCAUCACCCAGAGCCCAUAAUUGGCACUAGGAUUUACACUUGGUGGUGUGCACUCUGUGGGUUUGGAAAGAUGUAAAAUGACAUGUAUCCACCGUCACAGCAUCAUACAGAGUAGUCUGUCUUAGUGACCCUAAAAAUGCUCCGUGCUGCACCUCAUUCAUUGCUCCUUCCCCUCUAGCCUCUGACAGCCACUGAUCUUUUAGUCUCUGUGGUUUUCCCUUUCCCAGAACACCAUACAGUUGGAAUCAGACAGUUGCACAACCUUCCCAGAUUGGCUUCUUUCCCUUAGUAAUAUGCAUUUAAGGUUCUUCCAUGUCUUUCCAUGCCUUGAUAACUCAUUUCAUUUUAGCACCAAAUAAUGGUCCAUUCUCUGGCUGGACCACAGUUUAUUUAUCCAUUCACCUACUGAAGAACAGCAUAGUUGUUUCUGAGUUCUGGUGAUUAUGAAUAAAGCUGCUAUUAACAUCUGUAUGCAGAUUUGUAUGUGGACACAAGUUUCCAUUUCGUCGAGUAAACACCAAGGAGCACAGUUGCCAGAUCAUAUGGUAGGAGAAUAUCUAGUUUUGUAAAAAUUUGCCAGACGGUCUUCCUAAGUAUUUGGGCCAUUUUACAUUCCCAACAACUAUGCAUGAGAAUACCUGAUGCUCCACAUCCUCACCAGCAUUCGGUGCUGUCAGUGUUCUGCGUUUUGGCAGUUCUGAAAGGUGUGCAGUGGUACCUCGCUGUUUCAGUCUGCAUCCCCUUGAUGACAGAUGCUGUGGAGCAUGUUUCCAUAGACUUCUUUGGCAUCUAGAUUUCUUCUUUGAUGAGGUCUGUGUUCAGGCAUUUUGCUCAUAUUUUAAUCAGGUUAUUCAUCCUUCUUGUUGAGUUUAAAGAAAUUUUGGUAUAUUCUGUAUAUCAGCCCUUUAUCAGUGUGUCCCUGCCCUUCACCUGCAGUACUGGAGUUGUCCUUUGGUUCUCAGUGGAGUGUCAACUCUUCAAAGAGAUUCCCUGUCUUCCUUCAGCCUAAAUACUGUCCUGGUAUUUUUCACUUUCAUUGACUCAUUUUGUUCUUUUUAAAUAGCAUUUCCCAUAAUUUGUACUUACAUUAAAAAAAAAGGCAAUGAUUGAACACCGCCUCCCCCACCAGGCUGUGUGCCCUGUGAGAGCAGAGGCCCUGACCCCACUCACAGUUUCCUAAGACAGCACAUUGCACAUGUCCAUGUAAAAGUGUGUAACGUGGGGCCAAACCUGAUAAGCAGCUAUGAUGACUUGUGUUGUCUACCAUUUAUUGAGUAGACUUUGUUUCUGAUCUUAAUUAUUAAAUCACAUGAAUGAAACUUGCUUGUCUUGAAAAAUAAAACAACAAAGCACACCUCGAUGUGAUUGGUACUUUCUACUUAGCCUUCUGACCCAGGAGGGGAUGUUCACCAUCAUUUUGUGGAGGAGGUUGGGGAGGUAAAGUAAGAGAGUGAGAUCAAAUAAAGUAAAAAUGAUAACUAUCAGUUGGCUUUAUUUUCACUAAGACAUAAAAGUUACUUUAAACCCUAUCUCAGCUGUUGUUCUGUUGUUUUAAACAUUUCUCAUAGAAUUAAAUCGAAGCCCACUAAACCCUGAAAGGGAAAUUUUGUGCUCAGGUCCUGAAAAGAGUUUAUGUCUAUUUCUUGAAAUGCACAAUUUCACUGCUGCUUACAGAAAUUCGAGGCGGGAACACAGCCGUUCGCUGUGUGUUUCUGCCGGCUUCACGGGCUGCUCAAUGUCAUUUUCAUUUUCUUGUGUUGCAGUUUAUGAAGGUUUUCCAUGAGAUAUAUUGCUCAGCCUUUUCCUGAAUGAAGGAUUGAAUUUUCCACAGGAAAUCUUAUGAAAGAGAGUGACAAGGCACAUGGGUUUCCCAAAAAGGAAGAGUUGAUGUAAUAAAAUUUCACUAUGGUGAACUUUUUUAAUACAAGCCAGUUGAAAAUUUUAUCACUAGGUCAUAGGCCACAAAUCUGUGUUAAGAAUAAAAAGAUUCAAAUUUUAUAGAAGAAGCAGUUUGAAUCAAGUAAUAAUAAUGAUUUGUACGCUAUUUGGUGUUAGAACUUAUACCCAGUCUUAUCAUAAUUGCCUGUGGUAGGAACUGGAUCAUUAUUUAUUUAUUAAAAAAAAAUCCACUAGUUGCUAUUUGUCCCAUUCUUGAUGCGGCAGUGCUGAGGUUAGUUAUGUUGGGCCAUUUAGGAUUCUUAGCUAGGUUUUCUGGACAUUGAUUUCAGCCUUUUUAUCUUUUUUACAAUCUUUUCAUAUGUGUCGGCCAUUGGUCUUUUUACAACGUGGAAAAACUGCACGGAUCUGCCUUUCCCUUUUUUCCUGUCUUUGUGGGAAAAGAUUUUUAAGAGAAAUUACUAGGAUAUUAAGUAUUUUGUGUGGGGUAAGUUUGGUCAGUUCUAAGGAUUUAAAUUAAUACGUAUUUAAAUUGCUAUUCAGCUAAUGACAGUAAAAUUAUAAACUAACUUAAGUAUACAUCAGUAAGUAUAGUACAAUAAGCCAAUCACCCAGAUUAAGGAAUUCACAAACUUUUUCAUAUUUCCUUUAUUCAGACCUUUGUUCUUUUAUUUGUCCUUUGUUGAAGUAUUUGACAGCAAAUCCAAGAAGACAUGUCAUUUUACCCUAUGUACUCAAGUAGGCAUGUCUGAGAAAUGAGGGCCUUUUCUUUGAUCAGGUUUUUCCAUUUGACUUAUGUGCUCGUUAAGUACCAGCUGUAUCAGGCAUCUCACUAGGAAUUAGGGAUCCUUGGGGCAAUGAGACAGUCCUGGCUCCCAAGGAAGUUAAGGGCUGAUGGAAGAAACCAACACAGGAGCUUGGGUGCCUCACUUAAGGUCCCUACUGGAUGACACCAAUUGGACAAAAUUUGUGCACAAUACAGUAGGAUUCACAGAAGGGACUGGUCAGACUUGUAGGGCAGGCCGUGAGAGAGGCGGUCAGCAGGGCUACAAGAGGAGGAAUCAUUUGAUCAGAAUCUGAAAUCUUUUCUGCCAACCUUCCUACCAAGCCCCCAGGGCCCAUCACACACAACCCUGUGCUGUAACUGUUUUUGAUUCCAGUUACCACAUCUCUUUCAGGAAGGAUUUUAAGCUGGAAAAUAUUUAAAAUCAGUAAUUGUUGCCAGAAGGAACAUAGAACAAGGAACAUGGAAACAACACAAAUGUCCAUCAGCACAUGACUGUAUAAAGACGAGGUGAUACAUUUAUACAAUGGAAUACUACUCAGACAUAAAAGAUGCCAUUUGCAGCAAUAUGGAUGGACCUGAAGACUGUCAUUCUAAGUGAAGUGUGGUGGAAAGAGAAAGAAAAAUUCCAUAUGACUUCAUUUAUGGGGAAUCUAAAUUAAUAGCAAUAAUAAUAAGACCACAAAUGAACUAAAUAUUAUUUUGAUUUCUUGAAUAUGUGUAAGUACAUCUGACUGUCCUUUGUGAUAGGAUUACAAUAUUCUGUUUAUUAUUCUUUUGUAGAUGUCCUUAUUCCUCUGGUAACUGUAAUUUUAAAAAUCUAAAGCUCUAAUCUGUUCUUAGAAAGAAUAAUUAGUACAUAUAUGUAAACUAAAAAAUGCAGUAUGCUCUAUACAUGUAUUUACAUGCAAUAUGUGUAUGUGAAAUUGAACUGUAAUAAUUCUACCCGAUAAAACUGAAAAAGGAAAAAAAUAAAAAAAUUAUUUAGCAAAA